AGUGCAUUAGUAGCAGUCGGUUUAUUGAGUGUUCCUGCAACACGUACAAUGCAUCGGUGAGAUCUGCCAGCAGUUGAUUUCUGCUUCAUUUGGAACUUGAUCUCUGCACUGGAGCCAACAGAAUUGAAGGGGUUUACUCUAGGGAGUGGGGUCUGACCCACCGAUGGGCAGCAUUCCAAUCCAGCUCACCAAGGUCAAACUGGGGAGGCUGCAGGUGGUCCGCAGGCGCUUGCUUCAACGCUAUGAGUCCCAGCCCUUCCUGUCUUGCCUGGCCGGACUUUAUGGAUGCCAAUGGAGACGCUACCAACGCAGCAGGGUCCUCCCCGGAGAGUUCUGCUGCAGCAAGUUUGAAUUAUUCUGCUUUGGAAUCCUGGUGUUGACCUUUGGCCUGGCAUUUGUCCUCCUUUACUUCUGGAGUGAAGCAAGGAACGAUUACAAUGACUUUGAUUGGAACUUCUACAGGAACAAAUGGAUCCCGUGGUCAGCUGUGGUCCUGGGCGUGACCGUAACAUUUUUUACAUACAUCGCGAUCCUACUGGUUCUGGCUAUCUGUUUACUAAGCGAAGGCCAACGAUUGUACCUAUUCUGGGGCCACAAGAUUGGGAUUGUGGUGGUGUUGGGUGUCUCUGCAGUUGCUAUUGGUUUCCUGUACAGUCAGUGGCAGGAAGAGUGGAAUACCUUUGUGCUCUCGUUUCAGGUCACAGCUCCGUAUCUGCACAUAGGGGGUGUGGCAGCUAUGACGAUGCUUUCGUGGCCUGUGGCUCAGCACUUUAGCAGGAUGACUGGAAAAGUUCCCAGAGCAGUCACCUUGGGUCUGUAUUUUGCCGUUCUCCUUUUCCUCUACUUGGUACCUCUUGGGAUGUAUUCCCCCUGCAUCAAAGACAAAGGGACCCUGGGUCCGAAGCCAGCUAUUAUAGGACACAGAGGGUCACCAAUGUUAGCCCCAGAAAAUACAUUGAUGUCAUUUGAGAAGACCAUCGAACAAGGAGUGGACGGCUUGGAGACCGAUGUCACCAUCAGUUGGGAUGGAAUCCCGUUCCUGAUGCACGAUCCAACAUUGAAGAGGACCACCAACAUCGAGGAGGUGUUUCCGGGCAACCAGACCUUGAACGCUGCCUUUUUCCCAUGGCAUGAUCUAGCUCAACUGAACGCUGGCAAAUGGUUCCUUCAGGACAAUCCGUUUGGAACGAAACGCUUGCUGUCACCAGAAGACAAGUGGAAGGCCAGCAGGCAGACAAUUUGUAAGCUCAGCGAGCUCCUGACCCUCGCCGCCACCCACAGGAAGCUGGUGAUCUUCGACCUGUUCCGCCCACCAAAGAAACACCCGUACCGGAACAGGUUUAUCCAUCAGACUGUCACUACCAUCCAGGACGCUGGAAUCAACCAAAGCUUGAUCCUGUGGCUUCCCAAUACCCUGAGGUCGGUUGUCCAGCAGAAGAUGCCAGGAUUUGUCCACAUUCACGGAGGAAAGAAACCAGUCCACCAGCUGCAGAUGGAUAAGAUCACCAAACUCAAUGUGCGCUAUAGUGAGAUCUCUGAUAGGGAGAUCAGGAUGUACGCUGCUGCAAACAUCAGCACUAACCUCUACGUUGUGACUGAACCCUGGCUCUUCUCACUGGUGUGGUGCGCAGGUGCCCACUCUGUCAUCACCAAUGACCCCCAGCAGCUGAGGGAGCUCCACCGGCCCUGGUUCCUAAUGACCCCUUCUCAGUACAAAGCGAUGUGGAUUUCAUCGGACAUUGUAUCAGCUGCGUUGAUCACACUGAUAUUUAUAUUCCACUGGUGGAGAGAAAACGGGUUUGCCUGUCAUCCGAGCAUGAAGAGGAGGGAAAAAGGGAUUUAUAGCAAGUUCCGAACAGAAAUGAACAACGUGUGGUCUGUUUCUGAAGCAGAGCCAGCUCCCAGUCACCACGGAGACGGUGUGCCAAAUCUACCCACGUCAGCAGUCCCAGGUCACGAGUAACCAGCUGCCCUCAAAUUGGAGCUUGACGGUGUUACCUGGGGGUGGUGUGCGAUGGGGUUUGGGCUGGGAGGGAGGAAAUAGGGGAAGGAGUUGACAACCCAAGGACUCGAAGGGAAGUCAGUCUGCGUGAACCAGUACCCAGUACAAUCAUGUAGACUUCAUCUCCUUGCUUUCCAAGUGUUGGUGGGAUGCUCCUCUUUCUCCCCCUCCCUCCACCUCCACUCUCGUUACUUUGAGAACAGUGCUCUCCAUCCAAGUCAAGUGAUCAAGGACUCGCUGAACUAUCUCACCCAGCAUGGUCACAAUGGCCUUCCUGGGCCAGGAAAUUCCAACUGGAAGUGUGGAUUUUGCAGGUAUUGACCUGGUUUACUGCCUAUGUGACUCCAGUCCCACAAACGUUGAUAACUCUCACCUGCCCUCCUGCCAUUAGCGACAUCCCAAUCCACCAGGAGGCGAUGUUACAAGCUUUCGGCUUGGAGUACAGUGAACAAAUGUUCACUAAAUGAACCUUCACUACAAAGUUUUAUUUAAUUUGGUUGCUCGAUGAAGAUUUUGUUGAGUACAGCGAAGAGCGUGGAACGCAUUUGGAGCCUAUUUUUCAAACGCACGGAUGUAACAAGCAGUAACGUUCAGGUCUAUUUGAUAGGAAGCAAACUUGCAAGGUAAACAAGUUGUUUAAAAUAGAAAACGCUCUUGAGCACCUGUACUCUGGGCAUAAUGGCUAUUGGAUAAAUAAUUUACAAGGUCCAUCUUGUGAAAGCAAACAUGGUUUGCUUUUGAUUCACUGGCAGAGAUUGACCAAGCUUCUGACUUUCUACGACUGGAGAAAACCAAAGCGGUCACAGGGAGAAUUUACAAAUUCCACACAGACAGCACCCAAGGUCAGUAUCGAACAUGGAGCUGUGAGGCAGCGGCGUUAACUGUCAUGCUACCAAGACACUAAUCGCAGACUGGCAUGGAGGCAGCCACUCAGCCCAUCAAUUUUGCAAUAACCCUUCCAGUGCAUCCCACUCUCCUCAAUGCGGCUGCCUCAGGGAACCAGUUUCGAUCCUGAUCUUCACUGCUGGAUGGUAUUCCCCACGAAAGCACUUCUCUCUACAAAUGUACACAAAGGGUCCUUAGGGAACCGAACCCCUUCGUUAAUGGGGGAAGAUGUACCAUCUCAGAAACUCCAGUACCACACCACCUCCCCAGCUGAUUGCCACAGCCUUCACCGACACUGAUACCCAAACUGAUGCUCUGGUAAUUGGAAGAGUGUUUGUUAU